AUGGCUAUAAUUAUGCCCGACUCUAAUCGAGCUACCGCUUUCUCCAGCCUUGUUGGUUCUGGGCCCCGAAAACCGUCAAGCGGAAUUGAUCCAGGUCCGGGCGUAGUAACGACUUUGAUUGGUCAAACCGUUCAGUUUGCACCAACGCCCGGCCCAAUAAGCCCUCAUAUUGGGUUUAAGUCACAUAACCUUAUUUCUGGCCCCAGCCUCUUGGGUUCUGGGGUUAGGGAGCAAUCAUUGCUAGGAGUUGAACCGAACACUCCAAUAUUUCUAUCUGGUGUUUUGCCUCCAGGAUUUGGGUCUAGCAUGACAAUCAAUAGUCCUACGGCUUCGCCAGCCCAGCCGCCUAGUCUUUUGGGCCCUGGCGUCGGUCCUCGACUAAUAGUUCCUCCUCCAGUUUCUUCAGGGCCACAGCACAAGCCUCUAAGCGCGAGUUCGAUUCCCAGCCUUCUGAGCCCUGAACUGCUUUCCUCCACGACUUCUAACAAAAUUGGUCUGACUAGCUCACCCACAUCUGUACAAAGCCAAACUGUAUCCGCUUCGGCUUCAAAAGUAACUGCUGAUGAGUCAUACGAGGACCCUGCUGUCCGGGCCACAAGUCUUUUGGGUGAUGGACCAGGUUCUAAAAAGAAAGAUGAGAAGGGUGAAAAGAAGAAAAAGAAGAAGCUAAAAAAGCUUAGAAUAUCUGUAGCUAAGGCCAGACCUAAACUGGAACCAAUAAAGCCCCAAUUAAUUGGAGAUCCAAGACGUAUUUGGCUUGGAAAUCUUCCCUCAAAGAUUACUGAGUUUGCUGUUCUACAGUUGGUGCGUCCAUUCGGCGAUUUAGCUGAUUUUCACUUCCCGGUGCAUAAGGCUGGUGAGCAACAGGGUGCAACCAUUGGCUAUUGUUUUAUUACAUUUAAGGAACCCAAGGAUGCUAGCAAAGCCCUUGUAAAGUAA